UUAUCUCACGCCUCCAUCCCGAUCUCCGUCUCCGUCUCUCCUGUCCCGCCCGCGUCCGUCUCCGUCCCCAUCGCCUCCGACGGGUUCGGGCCACCGCCCAACACGCUCACCGAGCCCGUAUGGAACACCGUGAAGCGCGACCUUGCCCGAAUCGUUAGCAACCUCAAGCUCGUCGUCUUCCUCAACCCCUACCGUGGGGACCCUGGCAAGGCGCUCAGGGACUGGGACCUGUGGGGACCCUUCUUCUUCAUCGUCUUCCUUGGCCUCACCCUCUCCUACUCCGCCUCCGUUAAGAAGUCUGAAGUAUUUGCUGUUGCAUUCGCUGUCCUGGCAGCUGGGGCUAUAAUUCUGACCUUGAAUGUUCUGCUUCUAGGUGGACACAUCAUCUUCUUCCAAAGCCUCAGUCUUCUUGGCUAUUGCUUGUUUCCACUAGAUGUUGGUGCUCUAGUUUGUAAAAUUAGUCGAAAUGUUGUAAAGAGAAUGAACUUUGUCCACUUAAUUGACUGUCGACCUUUCUUUUGA